AUGGCAUCGCGAUUCCCUCCAAGGGACCGCUCCCCCCAUAGAUAUGGUGAUCGCCGUCCGCAUAUCCCUUCUGGACCGCGUGGAGGAGACGAUGCAAAUUCUAUCCCCCUCGGACGCGAACCCCCUAGAGGUCCAAAAGCACUUAUUGAUUCCUCGAGAGGCGGCCAUUUUGCACCAGCUGGUCCAAGAGGAAGGGGGAUUCCUAGAGGAAUUUCCGGGAGAGGCGAAUAUCGUGAUCGUGACCCUCGUGAUUUGAGGGAUGGUCCUCCUCCGUUUAGACGGGACCCCGACCGGGACUGGCCCCGUCGUGAUAGGGGCUUUGACUCGAGAGAUACCCGUCCGCCAUUUGGUCGAGGCCGCUCCAGGUCGCCUCCGCUUAGGGACUUUCGGGAUGCUGGACCGAGAGAUUUGGAUAUACCCAGGUUGCGACGGGGUUCUCGGGAUGGCCCUCUAUUGAUGCCAGAUGCAUCGCCUCUUCGGGGAGGUUCCUUUCGUGGUCGUGGCCGUGGUGAUCGUGAUCGAGGAAGGGGUAAAGGCUUUUUAGACGAUCGAGAUUUAUUUCGAAGGAGAAGCUUAUCGCGAGACGCCUGGAGAGACCGCGACUCUCGGUUUGACCGAGACAGAGAUCGCGAGCGUGAGUGGGACAGAGAAAGGGAAAGGGAACGGGAGAGGGAAAGAGAUAGAGAACGGGACCGAGACCGAGACCGUGAACGAGAACGUGAACGUGACAAUGAGAGACGUGGCCGGUUUGAGCGGCGAGAGGACGAUAGGCGCCCAGAGAGAGAUGAGCGGGAUGAGCGAGAUCGAGCUCCGGAUCGGCCUGAUACUUGGAGGAAAGACCGGGCUCCUAGUAGGAUAGAGCCGAAAAGCUCAUCUAAUACCGCCACAGUAUCGCCUUCGACUGUUUCACCUCCGUUAUCCGCUGCUCCAUUUACAACUCCUAAACCGGAUAUCCCUGAUGUUCCUCAGAAGUCGGCCGUGCUCCCUACAACUUCAGUGCCAGACCAGCCGAAGCCCCUGGAUAAAGUAGAAGCUCCGCCGCCACGUUCAGAAUCGUUCGCCAACCAUCCAGUACCACAAUUUGUCUCAAUGUCUACUGUCUCGGAUGUGCCAGCGUUUGGUGCAUCAGCAUCAAGUACAACGCCAAGCCGAGGCAAAGCGCAGUUGAAUUCCAUGCCAGGAACUGCCAAUAAACUCCAUAAUGAUGCGUUUGCUUCUGGUUCUGUACGCCCGCCAACUGGACCUAGAGCCGAGCGUGUGGAGAGUCAUGCUCCAGAUUUCCGCUCCCGCCGUUUAUCCGUCUCAGACGCACGAAGCAAAAAUGACCUCUCGAUACGUCCUAGCAAGCCUCCCCCGGCAUCUCCACCCGCUCCGCCUACUUUGUUACCUGACCGUCGUGCUGUUACCCCCUCUGCUCAGGAUAGAAGCUCGCUGACAUCAAUUAACCCUGAAGAAAAGCCGCUACUUUUACCACGACAGGAUUCCGGGCCCAUUUCUCCUCCUAUCGGCCCCUCCGUGGCUCUAUCCCAAGGAUUUGGCCGUGCACCCGUAGAUACCAACAGCUCCCCCGUUGCUCAUCGGCGGCCAUCUACUAGCCAGACCUCUCCACAGGCACCGUUCUCAAACAUACCCACUGGACCAAGGGCAUUGCAGCGACCAAUUGCUCCUAGAGGUGGCCCAAAGGGAAGCAAUCAAUGGGUUCGACCGGGAUAUGUCAACCGCGGACCACCAAUAGCUAACGCUGGCUCUCCUACUAAACGGGAUAGCUUUACCGACGAUAAAGAUAUGAUUUCUUCAGUAUCCAAUGAGUCACGGAGCGCGGAGAAACAACAUGAUGAAAAAACAGAGUCGAUUGAAACGGAACCUAAGAGAUUGGCAGAAGCGGCCGCGAACGAAACCAACGUGACUUCAACACCAAUUGAUACAAUGUCAUCUGAAAAAGGAGAGGUCGGACCGGUCCAUAAUUUAAAGGACGACAGUUUGCUACCCAUGUUCCUUGCAGAGUCUAGUGGUGAAGUAUCAGACGAAGAAGAUGACUUGGACGAGGAGGAUUUCAAUCAGGGAGAACAACGCUUUGAGAAAGAAAUGCAGGCUUUAGCAGCAGAGAUGCCGCCGCCUCCCCUAGAGGAUCCGGUUAUUGUCAGCCUCUUAUUCAAAAUUCAGAUGCUGGGUAUAAUCGCUGAAGGAGCUGUGCCGACAUCCCUGGAUGAACCCAGCGCCGCAAUAGAAACUGAAAAUCCCUCUGAGCCUCCAGCAGUUGUACCGCUACCCAGUACAGAUGCGAAUGAAAUUGAACUUCCGGAUGCUCCUCCUAGCGUUGCUCCUCCCGAGGAAGCUCCCGUUGCUGAAGCACCUUCCUUGGAAGCCCUCCCGUUCUUGAACACUGGUCCGCCAACUCCUUUCUCUGAUAUGGACACUUAUCAGGAAACCCUCAAAACUCAUGAUAUGAUUAAAGAUACGCUUCGCGAAGAGAUAAUUAAGCAACGGAAAGAAAUUGCGAAGCAGCAUGCUGACUUGCGGGAGCAAUAUCGCGCGUAUUAUAGACCAUGGAGACUUGCAGUUUCGGCAAUGGAUCGAAAAAAGGCAGCGGAAGAUAGGAAGUCUGCAGCUCCAGGGCCAUCAACGCCUCCAGCUUCUUCCAGCUCAGCAGCAGCCAUUCCCCCGCUCGAAGGACGGAGAGGGUAUAGAAUGAAUAGUGAACUGGACUUCCAAAAUGCUUUGAAAGCAUCUGCCAUAACUGCGGAGGAAGAGAAUGCGCGUCGUAGGGACCAAGAAGCCACUGCGAGACCUGACUUGGCUCGGGAGGCACCUAUCCCUGAUAUGUUUGAUGACAUAGAAAAAAGGGCUUCCGUGUUUCAAGAUACUAAUCAGAUCAUUGAUCCGAGCAAAGCGUUUGAGGUGUUUGCGUUCCAUCUUCCCCCGGAUGAUUUCACGCCUGAGGAACAUAAAAUUUUCACAGACACGUUUAUGUCUCAUCCGAAAAAAUGGGGCAGGAUUGCGCAAGCCUUACCAGGGCGUACAUUCCAGCAAUGCAUCAAUCACUACUAUUUGACCAAGGAGGAGAUGAAAUACAAAGUCAAGUUGAAUAAAAAAUGGGCCCGGCGCGGACGAGGACGAAGGACGGUUGCUAGACCCCCUAAGUCAAAUGCUCUUAUGGCAGAUCUCGGUGUUGUGCGCCCUGUCUAUGAUGGCGACGAAGCAACGGAGACAACCCCGGCGGUUACUGAUACUGGUCGGCCUAGGCGAGCAGCCGCACCCACCUUUGGGGAAAUGGCCGCCGAUACGGAGACCAGUACGCCAACGCCAAGUGGAGGAAAACGAAACAGUGGAAAAGAAGGACCGGAUCAACCACCCGACAAACCUGCUAGACGCGGCGGUAGAGGUGGAAACCGUGGCGGCCGGCGGGCUCGAGCCCAACAACCGUUGAAUAAUACCCCGAUCGCCGCCGCUCCUCCAAAACCACAGCCAGAACUCAGCGUCGAGAAUGUUACCAAACUUGCUACACCAAGGCCUAAAAGUGAGACAGAAAAGGCAUUUGAAGUGGCCGCUCCGCGAACAAAAUCUACUAGAGUUCGUGCAAAGGAACCCAAGGAGAUUGCUUCAACCGCAGAGUCAACGGAGGGAGAAUCGGCGCCAAAGCAAACAGGGGGCGGUUAUGGAUCCCAGCAACCUACAAGCUACUGGUCUGUCCCAGAACAGCGUGACUUCCCUGAACUUGUUGCGCAUUUCGGUAGGGAUUUUGAAGGCAUAUCUCAAUUCAUGAAAACGAAAACCCCAACAAUGGUUCGAAAUUAUUUCCAGCGAAACGUUGACUCGGGUGAAAAUGAGCUGGAGGAACUGGCAUCAAUCGCCGAGGCUAAGAAGCAAAAAGGCGAAGCGACGGGUCCUCUUCCAGUCCCAAGUCUCCCAACAAAGCGGCGGUAUGAUGCUGCUGUUUCUUCAGCUGGCCCGCGGCCUUUAGCUCCAAAUACAGAUACGGCUGAGCAUAUUGAUAGAAAGGUGAAACUUCAAGUUGUGCCAUUGGCCGCAGCACCGCCUCCAAUUCAGCCUCGCCAGUCAAUCGAUAAAGCACAGUCACAGCAAGCCCUCUAUCCUUCGGUUCAAGCUCGUGGUGCUUCGAUGCUUCCUUUGUCAGCCAGCGAGGAAUCGCACCAACGUGCAGCACGUCAACAAGCUGCACUAGCUGCCCAACGGAUGCAGCAGCAGCAGCAGCACGGACCACGUAUGGGCUAUUUUAGCGAAAAUCGCCCCGAUAAUCGAUCUGUACCAGCACAAGGAAAUAUCGCUGCCAGCCACCUGCAAGAACUGGAAUUGAAGCGACAACAACCACAGGCCAUUGCCGCUCUUGCAGCUCAGGUAAGCAUUGGAAGCUUGCAUCCUCAGAAUAUGAACCGCUCCAAUCUCGCAUCUCUUGCUCCGGACGCUCAAGAAGCGUUGAGGUACCACUCAAUAUCGCAGGCCUCUCAAUAUGGCCAGCCAUCUUAUCUUCAACCGCGUCCAAGUGUCCAGGCCGCCACAUCAUCCCGGUCUCACUCGCGACGUCCUAGCAACAGAAGUAUUUCCUCCACUGCAACAUCUCCAGUCCAAUUGCAUAGCAAAAUGGAGUUAAGUUCGGGAGCCAUGGCCUCUGUUGACAUGCUCAAUCAACCCAAACCCACUUUCCGACAACCGACCCAGUUCCUCGACAUUAACCGCUCAACCCCGGCUGUUCUAUCACCACAUGAAGCGAGUCGGCCGAAUUCUCGACCAAAUUCUACAUCAGCUCCUGCAAACGCGGAACCACCUCGACAAGUGCCUGCGAAACGCUCAAAUAUCAUGAGUAUCUUGAACGAUGAGCCAGAGGAUCCACAACCACGGAAGAAAUUCGCAAGCGGCGACUUUGCAGCUCCCACUACCGCUUCACGCCCGGCCUCCCCUCGUCCCGUUUAUGCAGGAAACCAUUCGACGCCGUCUCGUUCGAUACGGCCAGAAGAUCAUUUGAAUACUGCUAGCCAGCAAUACCAAAGAUCUAAGUACACUCCAGCUGGAUCGCAUCAAUUGCAAUCGCCACACCCGCUACAACACCAACAAUCUCAUUCUCAAAUGAGCACUGCCCAACAAUAUCCGGAUUUUUCAGGGAACUAUAAAGCUUCGUCAGGAGGAAGCUCGUUGAAUCAGGAUUGGAUGGCAAGAUUCGACCCCAGGGGCCAACAGCAGUCGUCCCAAUCACCCAACUCAACCGAUCAGCACAUUUCACGCCUGGCAAGGCAGCCCUCCACCAGUCAUACGUACUCCAACACGGGCCUUUCUCACUCGGUAUCGAUGUCUAACCUUCAAUCGACCCAGUCACACCCUUCGCCUCAGCACCAGAGCCAGCGGCCACCCUUCACUCACCAAAUUUUGCAGCAAUCUCAAUCAGCUCAACAGAGUGCUUCUGCUCGAGAUUCCCCGAUGUCUCAACAUCUCCAGCCGUUCUCUCAGCCUGGUAGCCCAUCAAUUCAGCGUCACAGCAUAUCUUAUACCCCCAAAUCUUCUCAUCCGAGACCGACGUCUCCAAAUCCGCCGUCAGGCAGUUUGAAGCAGACUCCUCAUCCGCAGUCGACUCGGUACUCUGGUUAUGCCCCAAGCAAUGGAGGUCAUCAGAUUCAACCUGUUUUGGAGAACCAGCCUCAAGCAGCUCACCUAUACCGGCAAAACGUCCAGGGUGGUGCUCCGCAGCAAUACUCGCAGUCAGCAAGACGGGUGCCAUCACUUUCGCCCAGGCACCAGCCAUCACAUUUACCGCCAUCACAACAUCUAUUGGCACAGCAUGAGCUGCAAGCCCAACGCCAGCAUAGAGCAUCGUUGAAUUUGGGCCAACAAUCUGAUUCUCCUUUCAGCCGCAACCCUCCUCCGUCACAAGUCUCAAAUCUAAGUCGCGGUACGGGGUAUGUCACUAGAGCGGUCGUACACGCCUCCCGGCUGUUCUAUCGCAACACAGUCAUACUGCUUCAAGCAGCAGUGGUGGUAGUGGCAGUGGCAACGGCGCUGGUGGUGGUGGUGGUGGUCACUUAUAUUCCACCAGUAGCUUGUUGA